CACUAAUUUCCUUUGCAGCUUGGCGAGAGAGGGAGAGCGCGCGGCGUGGAGGCUCAAAGUGGAGAAACUCCUCCAGCAGCCAGUGCCACAUCACUAUCCUGACCGCACACAGAGGCGCUCCAGCAUGCUGCUGAGGCUCCUGCUGUUUCUUGGUGCCCUGGUGAGGGUCACUGAGCCUGCCCCACGCUGUGAACCCGGCCAGGAAACCUUAGGACAAUGCCAAACAGGAGAAAAAGCAAAAUGCGUGGACAUCACCUUAGGCUCUUGUGGUGACGUUCCCUACACCAAAACAAUGUACCCUAAUUUGCUGGAUCAGAAGUCCAGAGAAGUGGUUGAAUUCAGCUCUGAAUAUAUUCUCAUGAGUGUGCUACACAACUUGCUUCAGGGAGAAUGUAAUCCUGAUCUGAGACUCUUGAGCUGCUCAAUACUGGCCCCACAGUGUGAAAAAGACAAAAUGAUAAAGCCCUGCAGACACGUCUGUGAAAACCUGAGAAAAAAUUGCCUUCCUGCAUUUGACACAAUAGACAUGGCUUGGCCCUACUUCUUAGACUGUGAUCGCUUCUUUGCUGGUGAAGAAGAAGGUUGUUUUGAUCCACUGGCAAAGCUACGAGGGGAGCCAGAAUUAGCUGAGGAAGAUUUACUUGUGGAGGUGCCUACAACUUUAAUUCAGUUCACCCAUCAUUCGUAUUACAAAAUGGUGAGCAUUUUGAAGAAGACUGCUUCUAGGUGCUCCCACAUUGCAAGAACUUACAGCAUUGGCCGUAGCUUUGAAGGGAGAGACCUUUUUGUGAUUGAGUUUUCAACCAAUCCUGGACACCAUGACCUGAUGAAGCCAGAAUUUAAGUAUAUUGGAAACAUGCAUGGAAAUGAAGUUGUUGGAAAAGAAUUGUUAAUAUACCUUGCACAAUACUUGUGCUCUGAAUAUCUCCUUGGGAACCCCAGGAUCCAGACUUUGAUAAACAACACUAGAAUUCACCUUCUGCCUUCACUGAACCCAGAUGGGUAUGAACUUGCUGCAGAAGAGGGAGCUGGUUACAAUGGAUGGAUUAAUGGACGUCAAACUGCUCAGAACCUUGAUCUUAACAGAAAUUUCCCUGACUUGACAUCUGAAGUUUACAACAGAGCCGGACUCCGAUGGGCACGCCUAGACCACAUCCCCAUUCCACAGUCCUAUUGGGAGGGUAAGGUAGCACCGGAGACAAAAGCAGUUAUGAAGUGGAUGAGGGCUAUACCAUUUGUAUUGUCUGCCAGUCUCCAUGGAGGUGAAUUAGUUGUUACCUAUCCCUAUGACUUCUCAAGGCAUCCACUAGAAGAGAAAAUGUUCUCCCCUACACCUGAUGAGAAGAUGUUCAGAUUGCUGGCUAAAGCAUAUGCAAGUGCACAUCCAAUCAUCUCAGACAAAUCAGAAGCUCGUUGUGGUGGAAACUUCGUAAAACGAGGAGGAAUUAUAAAUGGUGCUCAGUGGUACAGCUUUACUGGAGGUAUGGCAGAUUUUAAUUACCUUCACACAAACUGUUUUGAAAUCACCUUGGAGCUGGGAUGUGAAAAGUUUCCUUUGGAGGAGGAACUGUAUUCAGCCUGGCAUGAAAACAAAGAAGCCCUUCUGACUUUUAUGGAAAUGGUACACCGUGGGAUAAAGGGAAUUGUGUCUGAUAAAUUUGGUAACCCAAUAAAAAAUGCCAGAAUUUCAGUAAAAGGGAUCCGACAUGAUGUUAUCACAGCUGCCGAUGGAGACUACUGGAGACUCCUACCUCCGGGAAGAUAUAUAAUCAGUGCUCAUGCUAUCGGAUACAGCAAGGUGAUGAAGAGGGUCACUCUGCCUGCCAAGAUGAAAAGAGCGGGGAGGGUAGAUUUUGCCCUUCGAUCUCUAGAUACAAGGCCUAAAAAUUUCCUCUGGGGGCCGAUGGAAGACAUAUAUGAGCGAUAUGACCCACUGGAAUAUUUUGAUCCUCAUGCCCAACAUGCACCGUCUGAACCAAGAGAAGAAAGAGGGCAGCCUACACGGCACAAUGAGAAGCCUUGGUGGUGGUCUUACUUCAGCUCUCUAGGCCAGCAUAAACCACUGUGGCUGCUCAAACAGCGUUAAGUCAGAUAAUUGUUUUGCUCACCUUCUUAUGACACUGUUCCAUCAAAAUCCUAAUACCCUGAUUGCUAAUGGCAAUAUUUAAAUCUGUUUAAUUUGGAAAUACAGUGUUAACUCAAUAUCACUUUCUGUAAUUCUUUUUUCCCCCUCUUUUCACAGAAUUGACUAUAUUCAAGUACUUUUAUAUAUUAAAAAAAUAGUACACAUUUGUUCAAAGGCCAGGUUCUAUUCAGUUUCCUAGUAAUGUGCUUUCCUUAUGCCCAUGCAGUUAAUCAUCAGAUUUAUUAUUUAUUAGAUUCUAAAGUACCUGCAGAGGAAUCUUCCUGAUCUUUUAAUGCAUUUUCAAACAUGUCUUAUCACAUUAAUUAUUGCAAACUGAAAACAACCUUUAGGAAAAUUUGGAAAAGCCUUUUCUUCUUUAUACAUUAUUUCUGCAUAUUAAGUUUAGUACAUUAAAUCUUCCAGCAUAGAUUAAAAUUAUUUUAGAGGAAAAAAAACCCUUCAUUUGAUCUCAGCAUUAAUUUUCAGAAAAGACUCACUAGAAAGGAGAAAUGUGGAAAGAAGAAAUCUGUGUUUCUGAAUUAGGAACAUUUAUAGUAGGAUGAGCUACUAGUGAAAGAGUCAGUUCUUAAUAAAGAAACAUAUUGAACAAAGUCACAUUUUCCCAAAUUCUAUUUGAGAAAUUCUCAUUCAGUUUCCAUCUGGUAAUGCUUGAAAGGGACCCAUACAAUUUUAUAAAAUAAAGGGAAAUGUGAUAAAGGCCAGAUUGUGAUAUCCUCCCAUGUGUUGCUUAGUGCCUUACAUCAGGAGUAAACAACUGAAGUAAAUGGGAAUACGUGGAGAGUAUGGUACUAUUCAUGGGAGUAAGAGUAUUUGACCCUACUAGAGUUUUAAUACUAAAGGUAUGCUUGUAUUUCUGAAAACAUUUGUUAUUAAAAAGUACUAGGAGGUAAAAAAUAAAUGGCCUAAUUCAUGAGGGAACUAGGUUAAAAUGUGACAUAUGCCAUACCGGAGUAAUUAAUGGCUUAAUUGCAGAAGUGCGUCUGGAUUCAGCAUAUUGAAAAGAAGCUUUUUUUGUGAGUGAGAUUUCAAGUGUUUCCUAAUUAGAACUAGGUGUGAAAUAGAGUGAGGAUAACCUUCCCUGUGCUAUGUCUGUCCAGGCCACAAUCAGGAGUUUUAAGUUGGACUGAAGUUCUGCUGGGUUUCAUGAAUGGUAAUCCAGAUACAGGGGUUGGGUUAUGGCACACCAGUAGGAAACAACAGGUAGAAUCUUUGGAGAAGGAACCUCAACCUCCCUGAAUUCCUGAGUUAUUUCACUCUCCGGAAGAUACACAGUUCAUUUUUCAGUUGCAACAAUUUUAUGGGGAAAAAAAUAAUUUUCAAUGUUUUUUUUUAAGUAUUUUUUAAAAUCAAGAAGAAUAGACGUGCCUUGUUGAGAAUGCAAUAACUUCCACAUUAAAUAAACAACCAAAAAAAAAAGGAUUUUCUUUUAGGACCACAAAUAAUGAGAAUAUUCAAUAAACCUAAAAUCUGUGAAGGGCUAUUUUUUCCUGACAGUUACAAGUGGACAUAUUGUAUGUAGUAGGCUUAAAUGUAGUGAUGAGGGGAUAUCAAACUCACUUAUUGAGCAAGCCGACGACUUGGUUCAGAGCAUUACCAGUUAGAUGUUAAGAAUGAUUGUAGUCUCUAGAAUUGGGAUCUUAGUCUCAUCUCUAAAGUGGGAGUAGUGAUAUUUCCCACCCGGAUCUGUCUUAUCUAUUUAGCGUGUAAACUCUAUGGGGCAGGGACUGUCUCUUAUUAUGACUGUGUCUACACUGUGAGCUAGGGGUAUGAUUCCUGAAUACAUAUCCACCAAUUUUCAGGUGGGUUUGUAUUUGGCACACCUCAGCCAUGUUUCUGCUGCCACAACCCGAGCUACUGUGGCUAUGCUGCUAUUUAUACUCAUGCUAGCUUGAUGAGAGCUAGUGCAAGUAUGUGUCCACGAGCAGGGGAAUCACAUCCCUAGCUUGUAGUGUAGACCUGGCCUAUGUGUAUGUAGUGCCUAGCAUUUGGGGCAUCUCUAGGCACUACUAUAAUAAAUGCAUGAGAAUGGACACUAUGAAAAACAACCUCAUGACCUGAUUCAGGAAAGCCCUUAUAUGUGUGUUUCACUUUAAGCGCGUGCUAAAUUCCCAGUGGAAUGGGAAUUAAAGUUAAAUACGUGCUUAUCUGCUUUUCUGAAGAGGCGUGGAUUUACGCAGGUGUUUAAGUGCUUUCAUGAAUUGCGGCCUCAUGCAGCACGAAGGUUUAGGAACACAGAAAAGAAAUUAAGAGCAAUGAAAGUUACCUGACAGCCUCCAUUUUGACUUGUCUAGUCUCUUUUUCGGAAUGUCAGAACUACUUUGCCGUGUGACAUGUCCCACAGAGGGACUAUAAUAUCAGUCUAAACUCCACACCCCAAAAUAGCUCAUCUUAUAUGUGAAUUACAGCACAUGUUAGUGAGACUCCCUCUCCUUCUAAGUCAAAGCCUAUGUUUUUUUCAAUUCCCUUCCAACCACAUAUUGAACAUUAUUGACCUAUGUUUUUGUAGCAUCCGCCUUAAUAAUUAAUUUCCCAGUCGCCAUUGUUACCUUUGUUCAUUCAAGCAGGAUGCCAUCCACAAAGCUUUUUUCAUUAACAGGCAUUUGGAACUGCUAAAGGUCUAGGGAACACUCUUCAGAGAGCUUCAUCAUUAAUAUGCCAGUGCAGAAACUCCUCAAUGGAUUCACAGUAUACAGAUGUAAUUAAUAGCCUUUAAGAAGGUGAAGAACAGGGAGAAGUGUUUGCUAAUGUUAUAUUUGAAGUUUCUCUUUUAAUUAUACAGUAGAGAUAAUUUAGAAUAAGCAAAAAUGCCAAGGGAAAAGGAAAGUUAAUUUACACUUCACAAGAAUUGUGAAAACUCCUAUUAUUCUAAAGAAACUCCGGGUCAGAUUAUAUUUGUCCCUUGCACCAAUGUGAUGGGGGAAGGCAGGCAGAAAUGCCUUCUUUUGUCCCCCCUGUGCAGGAGGUGGCCACAGUUAUGGUCCCUGCAGUCCCCUGAAGAAUUCUCUUGCUUUUCCAAAGAGGGAAGGAGGAGAAAAUUUCUCAAGCUGGGCAUCCAAAAAUGGAGGCACCCAAAAUCAUUAGUCACUUUUGAUUGACCAUUUCUCUUUGAAUAUAAUAUAUAAUGUUUAUAUUUGCAUAACUCUCCUGAUUUUCACACCUAUAUACUAUGCUUCCAUCACACAGGUGAACUAGGCUGCUUUCAAAUGACAUCUCCAUUUGCAUGCUGAUAAAGUCCCAUGAAGUAGCUGUUGAAGUGGACAGGUUUUUAGCAGCUCAGCAAGCCAGUCCCUUUUCCUUGAAGCAAACGUUUGCUAGGAUCUUAGUUUAAUUUUUUUUAAACAAUUGCUUUAAAUGGCAGUGACGACAGCCUUCACAAUAUGAACAGAACGUAAACUGAUCCAAUGGUGGCUGCAACAGACUGAAAUAAUAUCUCUAAGAGGUGGGCAUUCUCCUUAUUCAUCUCAGUGGGUUAACCCCAGAACCUUGUGAUGCUACUCUAAAUGUCACCAUUAACUCUUUCACUGUUGUAUGCAUGAAAGAAGAAGGAUGAUCAUAUUAUUAAGAUCUGCACAGUAUACCAUGAAUUGGUGUCACAUUUUGAUGUCAUGAGUGAGCCAAAUUGGUUUGUGGGCAGAGCUUGGGAGAAUAUCACCACUUUCCCCUCCAAUUCUAACUUUUUCUUUAACUUUUAGUAGUACAAAAGGCCAGUUAUUAGAAAUGUAUGCCAAAGUAUUUGAGCAGGGAAACAACAUUUUGAAAUAAAGAAAAUUUGGUACAUUA